AUGGACUUCAACUCUAGGGUGAAGAGCAAGCUUGCCGAUGUCGAGAACAUGCUGCGUGCGCUAGACGACUUCGAGCACACGCUCAAAGAAGACCUGGGAAGGGAACGAAGCCUGGGUCAUGUAGGCUCUCUUCAGAACCAAUUCCUUCAACAGGUUCAUAAGCUCCGUAAAGAUCUCGAAGGAUUUAGAGGCCGCUUGAAUAAUUUUCUUGCAGUCGUAAGAGCUCCUAAGAAAGACGAUAUUGAAGCCGCCAUGAACCAAAUUCGUCAAAAUGUCUCAUCUUAUAAGAAAUUAUCAGAACCCGAUGGUCAGGCACAGGAAGCAUCUGCGCAGGAAGAAAAAGAGGUGGGGCAAGCGAUGAACAACACGAAGGAAGAGAUCAGGAGAAUGAGCACUCAAUAUAGGCGAGAGUCUACCGACGUCGCCAGGAAGUCUGAGUCGGGAGCCAGUGAGAUUAAAUUCAGACCGCGCGACUCUGGCUCGUCAUGGACCCACGACGACCGUGCACCGCGCAUUUUCCCUCCGUCGGAUCGGAUCUCCCGUCCCGUGUUCAGGUCUCGAGAUUCAGAUGAUUCAGAUGAGGAGUCCAAAAGCGGUGCCAAAGUUUCGCAAGGCCCUAAUCCAUUUGAGAGGAAGAUCAUGAAGCCUUCAGACCUCCAGAGCAUAGCGGAUCAAGUUAGCCAGGGAGCAAGCUACGGCUCUCCGCCUGUAUCCGAAGGAUUGCGGCCGCGCCCUGCAAAUAUGGGAAGUGGUGCCCGUAGCUUUCAUGGAGGGAGCACGGCUUCUCAGUACUCGCCCAUGGCCAGGGUCCCGGUCGGUCAACCUCAUACUGGCGUUUUCGGGCCAUCUCCCAAUGUCAAUUCUCUCGGUUAUCCCAUUGGUCCGUCUCAGGGAGCUGGAGGAAGUCCCGCCUAUUAUGCCCACAGCGGGGAUGGCAAUGUGGAUAGGCGCACCACGGGCUUUGGGGGAUUCAAUUCCCCGCCCUUGCCUAUGUCCCACUACGGGCACGGAGGGACCCACGUCCACAGUCAGAGUAUCGGGUCUUUCACUGGGAGCCAAGCGUCGACGGAUACUAGCCCAUCUUUGGGCGGCGAAGGGUACUCCGCUGCCCGCGACAGUUAUUACAGCGUCGUCGGCGGUGGGACUCAGGCGCCCGCGGGCUACUCCUUCCCACAGGGCCAUCCGGCCAGUUCUUCGUAUCCUGUUGGCGCCGGUUCCGCCUAUACAGCUGGCGGCUCUCCGGGUCCUUCAUCCCAAUGCAUGGGCUGGCCUUCUUCCAGUGCGGCUUACCAGUCUUCCUCAAGCCCCAGUCAAGAUCCUCGGGACCCGCGAGAACCCUUGGUGGGAAGGUCCCAAGGAUGGCCGCUAUGGUCGUAA